ACGUCCUACCAGACCUUACCGAGGAACAUGCCCAGCCACCGGGCCCUGAUGGUUCCGCGGUACCCAGAGGGGUACCGCACACUGCCCCGCAACAGCCUGGCCCGGCCCGACAGCAUCUGCAGCGCGGCGGACUCCCUGUAUGACCGGGCCCUCCGCCCCGCCUCCACCAGUACCGGCAUCAUGGUGGAGAGGAGGAGGUCCAUGAGGGACGACACCAUGUGGCAGCUGUACGAGUGGCAGCAGAGGCAGGCCUUCUCCAGGCAGAGUCUGGCUAUGCCAACAGCGGGGGGGCAUUACGGCACUCUGCCCAGCGCUAAGACCAUGGGCAACAUCUCGGAACACGUGGCACACUCCAUCCCCCCCUCACCCUCUCACGGCUCCCUGGCUCUCUACAGCACCCUCCCCUCCCCUCGCCAGCAGGACCCCCACAACCCCAGCAGCUCCCACUCCGAGGUGUCCUCGCCCGUCUUCAGGAGGGAGACCCCUGACCCCUGGCACAGGACCCUCCCUGCAAAGCACGGCUACACUGUUGACCGGCGGUCCAUAGCAGGGGGCGUCCCUCCCCCGUCCAUCACCCCUCAGUCCCUGCAGGGCAAGACGCCCGAGGAGCUGACGCUGCUCCUGAUCAAGCUGCGCCGGCAGCAGGCGGAGAUCAGCAGCCUGCGGGAGCACACAGUGUCUCAGCUCAUGGCCCUGGGUAUGGAGGGGCCCAACGCUAAGACGGAUGUUCUCUCUCAUCACCUCCAGAGGAACCUUAUUUACCUGGACAGCCAGCGGCAUUUACCGACCGCUGCAGUGCUGCUCGUCCACCAGAGUUUAUUCUCCCCUUAACUCCCGGCGGCGGCGGCUGUAAAGUAUUCACUCUCUGACUGUCACACAAGCUGCUGAUAAAUAUACCCCAUCCCCAAUUCCCCUCAAGUGAAUGUGUGUCAGUAUGAAUU